AUGGACCAUCGCUUUCGGGCACAGCCGGGGCCUGUCUUCCUCCCGAGUGUGCCCGUGGGUCACCCACAGGAGCCCACCCGGCCUGCGCUGGCCUGGACGGGACGCCCAUCCCCGGAGGCAGCCCCACGAGCUCACACCCCACCCCUGCGAGCCCAGGACCUGCCGUCUUGCCCUGCCCAGCCUGGGAGCCGGCCUGUCAUGAAGGCGGAGCCCCCGGCCGGCUGUCUGGGGGCGCCGGGGCAGGAGGCCCAGGCCAUGGCCAACCUCUCGGCGGGGGCCGGCUUCAUCCUGCUGCAGCUGUCGGGCUCCCCGCGCCUGCAGCUGCUGCACGGCUGCCUCUUCCUGCUCCUGUACCUGCUGGCGCUCGCGGGCAACCUCCUGGUGGCCGCCCUGGUGUCCCUGGACGCGCGCCUGCACUCGCCCAUGUACCUCCUCCUGAGGCAGCUGUCCCUGCUGGACGCCGGGCUGGUCUCCGUCACGGUGCCCAAGUCCGCGCUGGGCGCGCUGGCCCACAGCGCCGCCAUCUCGCGGCCGGGCUGCGCGCUGCAGGUGCUGCUGGUCAUCCACUUCGCGGGGGCGGAGCUGCUGCUGCUCACGGCCAUGGCCUACGACCGCUACGCCGCCAUCUGCCGCCCGCUGCACUACGAGGGCGCCAUGAGCCGCGCCGUGUGCGCGCGCAUGGCCGCCGCGUCCUGGGCGCUGGGCGGCGUCUUCGGGGGCCUGUACGCGGGCGGGACCUUCUCCUUGUCCUUCUGCGGCCCGCGGACGCUGCCUCAGCUCUUCUGCGACGUCCCGUCCUUGCUGAGGAUCGCCUGUCCGCAGAGCCACGUCACCAUCGACGCCAGCGUGGCCGCCGGGGUGCUGUACGGCUUCCUCUGCCUGCUGGCCAUCGUGGUCUCCUACGUGCGCAUCUUCUCCACGGUGCUGGCCCUGCCCUCUGCACAGGGCCGGGCCAAAGCCUUCUCCACCUGCCUGCCCCACCUGGCAGUGGUCAGCACCUUCCUCCUGACCGGGGCGGCAGCCUACCUGAAGCCCGUGCCCGAGUGCCCCUCGCUGCUGGACGUCCUGGUGUCCGUGUCCUACUCCGUGCUGCCCCCCACGCUGAACCCCGCCAUCUACACCUUGAGGAACCGGGACGUGCGGGCAGCCCUGAGCAGGCUCCAGGCAUGCGGCGGCAGCGGGGUCCCCGCGAGGUGGACAUAG